GAUGUUGCUAAAAACGGACACCAGGUUCGCUUGCACACGAGGGCGAUAAAGUCGGAAGGCCAUCUACAUUGUUUUUCAAUUUUAAUGCAGUCCGAGUUGACCUUGCAGUACAAAAACAAACAGGUGUCAUCAGUUCAUCACCUCCUAGUCUUUCUUGAAAGCAAUGGCGGGCCUCAGUUCGUUACGUUUCAAAUCGUUCAAUGGCUGUUUAAAGGCCGUUCAAGCAUUUCGUGGUACGACGAAUUGUGUGGUGAAGAAUCUUAAUGUCCAUCAAGUGCAGUAUCGAGUAGUGUCUGGCUUCUCCUCAAGUGGCAAUUUAACGUCGGGAAGCCUUGAUAAAAACGUCGUCUAUUCUCGCCACGAGGAUUUCCGUCUCGUCGACCAAACAGUUGUGCAACGCAUUUUCGACCGGGCAUCUCUAUGGCCCAAUCUUAUAGCUAUGGAAUGUUGGGGAACUGGUCGAAAAUAUACAUAUGGCAAGCUACGUGAUUUGAUCCGUAAUUUUGGCAGUGCAUUGGUUAGAAUGGGUUUCAAACAGGGUGAAGUGUUUGGAAUGAUUUUACCUAAUCUUCCGGAAUUUCCCAUUAUCUUGCUUGGAGCCGCUGGUAUCGGUAUGCCAGUCACAACGGUUAAUUCUACCUAUACUGUGGAAGAAAUUGCGCGCCAAUUACAACUUUCUGGCGCCACCGUCGUCGUCACCAUUCCAGAAUUGGCGGGAACCCUUCGUCAGGUGGCUCAACAAUGUCCUGAAAUUCGACGCCUCCUGGUGGUUGGUAAACCAGAAGAAGGGUUUGCUUCCCUUGAAGAAAUGUUACAAGAUAAUGGUGAUCUUUUUGACGACAAUAUCAAGAUCAACCCAUCGGAAGACAUUUUUGUACUACCUUAUUCAAGUGGAACAACUGGCGUUCCUAAAGGGGUCAUGCUUACUCAUUCUAACGUCUGUGCCAAUAUUGCACAAAUGGGGCAUCCAGGAACAAUGAAAGUAUCCUACUGUCCUGCCACAUCCAACCAUUCAUCAGACUUGCAAGAAGUCUUUAUUUGCCUACUCCCGUUUUUCCACAUGUAUGGGAUGCUUGCUGUUGUCCUGAACGGUUUGGAUCACGGAGCCAAGAUGAUAACCCUCCCUCGUUUUGAAGGCGAAUCGUACCUUAAUGCCAUUAAUCAGCACAAGCCGUCGACUUUACAUCUCGUACCUCCGCUGGUGUCUUUCCUCGGACAUCAACCUAAUUUGAAAUUAGAAGCAUUUCGUCGGUUGCAUACGAUUGUCAUUGGCGCAGCUCCAUUAGGACCGGCCGCUGCAACCAGACUGGUCGAACGUUUGCAAAAACACGAUCUAUUGAUGCAGGAAGGAUACGGGAUGACUGAAACAUCUUGCAUUAGUCAUUUCAGUCCGAUUGUAAACAACCAAAUUGGAUCGUUUGGUGAGCCUUUAUCUCGGACUAAAAUCAAAGUUAUUGACGUUGACACUGGCGAACCUCUCGGACCCGGCCAACAUGGAGAAAUGUGUGUAUCUGGCCCACAAGUGAUGAAGGGAUACUAUAAAAAUGAAAAAGCGACCAAAGAAACUGUUGACAGCGCAGGAUGGCUGCACACUGGAGACAUGGUUUAUUAUAACGAACAAAAUCAGUUUUUUAUUGUUGAUCGUUUGAAAGAGCUUAUUAAAGUGAAAGGCCUCCAGGUAUCUCCGUCAGAGUUGGAAGACGUUCUAAGACGCCAUCCUGGCGUUCUGGAUGUGGCAGUUAUCGGUGUUCCUGACGAAUUUGCUGGUGAACUUCCUCGCGCUUACGUUGUCAAGAAACAAGGCAUUACAUUGUCUAAGCAAGAAAUUGUAAAAUUUAUCGAUGCCAAAGUAUCAAAUCAUAAAAAACUGAAAGGGGGAGUUGUCUUUCUUGACGCUAUUCCCAAAACAGCUACUGGGAAAAUACUUCGUCGUGAAUUGAAGAAGCUGUAGAAAUGUUGGGUUUGUUUUUGUUCCUCUUCGCGUUUUUUUCCACGAUUUUGACACUUUGGUUUCGAUGAAUUAAAACUAUAUAGGUAUAUACAUAUUUUACUGGUUAUUUUCCAUUUACGAUUUUUUUAAAGAUUUAAAUUGAUCAACGUAGUUAAUGACUUCCAUGAAUGAUUCAAUUGACAUUCCAUUCGAUUUGCAA